UGAAUCAGUAGGGCGGAGAUGGGUCCUAAUUUGGCGGGUGGUGGGGCGAAAAUGGGGAUAAAAACUUAUAAAUGACCAAAUAGCAGGACACUAACCAAACUCACCGCAACACUAUACCGUUGAUGUUGCAACUAGCCAACUUCCACACUUUCCCUCUUCUUUCUGGAAAAAAACCGCCAAAUUUCCUCGACAAUUUUCUCUCUCCUACUCUGCUACAUCAACAUGAACAUCACCUUAAUAGAAUCACCAGAUGAAAUCACCGAUUCCGAUGGAGCGAGCAAUUGGCAUUGCGAGGAGAGAGAGAUUCAAUUAGGGAUUGACCGCUUGAGGCAGCAAUUGAAGAAGGUAAGCUGGUAUAAUUUAAACCUAGAAUUGAUUGAUUAUGCUUGCACAUUUACGCUAUUUUUUUUUUCCUUCAUAUAUUAUAUGCUUCGAUUUAAUAUCAUUGUUUAUUUUAAGCUAUUUCAAUAUGAAUUUGGGGUGGUAUGAUAAUAAUAAUAAUAAUCAGAUUCCGCAAUUUGAAUUUGUCAGGCAUUUAUUUGAUUUCUAUACGAUUAUUCGAAUUUAAGUUAUUCCAACAUGAAUUAGGGUUGGUAUAGUCAUGGGAGUCACUAUUGAUAUACUGGAGGGCACGAAUAUAUGAUAUAGUUUUGAUUUCUUAAUUUUAUUACUUGUAUGAAUUUGAGUUGGUAAUGAUUAUAGAAGAGAGAGAGAUGAAGAAGAAAUCAUAAAAAAUGGGGAGUUGAAUUGAUAUUCUAGUUGACUUCCGAGUUGCCAGACUAAUUAUUUCAGGAGUUUAGUAAACAUCCAGAAUAAUUGUGAUUUAUUCAAUUUAUGAUCUGGGGUUUUUGGUUUUAUUAUUGUAUAUUUACAUGUGUAUGAAUAAAUAAAACUCGGCCGUUCGAAGACGGUGGCUUGAUCGGGUGACUUGGUCUUGAAUGUUAAUUGAAGGUGUGGAAACAGCUUUAUCUAGCUAGCUAAUUCAUGACAUGCAAGGAUGUUUUGAGGUUUUUAUUUGUUUAAUGAUAUGGGUAAGACACUAGGACUUGUUCAGAUAUAACAUAGUGAGCACGUUUUGGUUACUGAGAUGGUAUGUCUAAGUAAAUAGUUGAUUAAUUUAUACAAUAAGUGUCUGGGAAUUGGAAAAUAAGGGGGAAGCCUGCAUAAUGAUGCUGAUGUUUGAAAAAACUGUAAGAGAAUCAAAUUGAUUCAUUGUUCUCUAUUCAAGAGGAAGGCAAAGGUGUUUCAUUCUCUUCUCUUCUUUUUCCUGUUUGACAUUGCUGGAACAAGAUAGUUUUGAUUAGAUUAAGAAAUGUCAUCGCCAACACCAGCUAUUAUCGAAGCCCCGCCAACACCUCCACCUGUUGACCCACCACCCCCGCCUGUAGAUGUUCCGGACGUCCCACCACCAGUUCCGGACGUCCCACCACCAGUUCCGGACGUCCCACCACCAGUUCCGGACGUCCCACCACCAGUUCCGGACGUCCCACCACCAGUUCCGGACGUCCAACCACCAGUUGCUCCGGAGGUCCCUCCAACUCCAAUUCCAUCCCCUCCUCUUCCAACCCCACCACAAACUCCGCCUCCUACACCUCCUACCCCAGCUCCCCAGCCUCCACCUCCAAGUCCAUCACCUCCACCUCCAACUCCAAGCCCGUCACCUCCACCUCCAACUCCUAGUCCGUCACCUCCACCUCCAACUCCUAGUCCGUCACCUCCACCUCCAACUCCUAGUCCAUCACCUCCACCUCCAACUCCAACUCCAACUCCAAGCCCGUCACCUCCAACUCCAAGUCCGUCACCUCCACCACCAGCUCUAACUCCAAGCCCGUCACCUCCACCUCCAAGCCCUUCUCCUCCCCCUCCCCCACCUACAAGCACUGCACCUUCCCCAAUUACACCACCAACUCCAAUUUUUAGCCCACCUCCAUCAUCAACACCUGAAACUCCAUCCCUGUCUCCCCCAAUUAUAUCUCAAAGCCCUCCAUCUCCUAGUUUGAAUCCAUCAAAGCCUCCACCGUCUUCACCAGCUAUUCCUCCUCCACCUAGCUCAUCAACCCAUAGACAAACUGGUCUUAUUGUAGGUGUCGCAAUAGGGGGUGUGAUAGUACUGGCUGUGUUUGGCCUGCUGUGGAUGCUCUUUGCUAGGAGGAAGAAAAGGCAGGAUUCACAUGGAGGAGAGGGAUAUUACUUACCUACAGAUGGAUUUUAUCAAGGGCCAGCACAACCUGGGCAACAUAGUAAUCCCCAGUCAACUGAACAUUAUUCGAUGUCCAAGCCAUCUUCUAUAACACUGGCUGCUGUACCAUCGAGAUCGAAUUCUUCAACAGCUCAACCAAUUUCUACAAACGGCAGUGGAUCUUUCUGGUCUCCCAGUUCUGGGCCUGAGAACUCAAUUCCACCAUCUUCGCAGGGCAUGGUGUUAGGAAAUUCAUCGAGUUCCUUUUCUUAUGAAGAGCUUUCUGUUGCUACCGAUGGCUUUGCGAGCAAAAAUCUCCUUGGACAAGGUGGUUUUGGAUAUGUCCAUAAAGGAAUCCUUCCAAAUGGGAAAAUAGUAGCUGUCAAAUCACUCAAAGCUGAUAGUGGGCAGGGAGAGCGUGAAUUUCAGGCUGAAGUGGAGACUAUUAGCCGAGUGCACCACAAACAUCUUGUGUCAUUGGUUGGAUACUGUGUCACUGGUCCCCAGAAAUUGCUGGUUUAUGAAUUUCUUCCAAAUAAAACCAUGGAGUUCCAUUUGCAUGGAAAGGGACAACCUGUUAUGGAUUGGCCUACAAGGCUGAAGAUUGCUAUUGGUUCUGCAAAAGGAUUGGCAUAUCUGCACGAGGACUGUCAUCCUAAAAUAAUUCAUAGGGAUAUUAAAGCAGCUAAUAUCCUUCUGGAUUUCAAGUUUGAGGCAUUGGUUGCUGAUUUUGGACUGGCAAAGUUUACUUCUGAUGCUAAUACUCAUGUAUCCACCCGAGUUAUGGGAACUUUUGGGUACCUGGCUCCAGAGUAUGCUAACUCAGGAAAGCUCACUGAGAAGAGUGAUGUUUUCUCUUUCGGAGUAUUGCUCUUGGAAUUAAUUACAGGUCGCCGCCCAGUUGACUACUCAUCAAAUUCUGAGAUGGAGGACAGCUUGGUGGACUGGUCUAGACCACUACUUUCAAAAGCUGUGCAAGAUGGAAACUUUGAUCCAUUAGUUGAUUCACGGCUAGGAAACAAUUAUGACUAUGAAGAAAUGGGCUCCAUGAUUACUUGUGCUGCUUCUUGUGUACGUCAUUCUGCAAAACGCAGACCACGAAUGAGCCAGGUUGUUCGAGCACUUGAAGGAAAUCUCUCACUAUCUGAUCUCAAUGACGGUGUUAAGCCAGGAUUUAGCUCAUCUCUUGAUUCUGCUGACAUGGAUAGUGGAGUAGAAGAUGAUAAGAAGUUCAGGAAGCUGGUAUAUCUAAGUGAAGAGUAUGGUACUAACGAGUUUAAUAGGACACGAAGUGAGUUCAGUGAUGGUGGAAUAUCAAGCAGUGAGAUGCAGCGUCAUUCAAAAAGACAUGCCUGAAUGGAGGUUACUGACCACUUUUAUCCUGAGAGAUUUUUUUUAACAUGAUUUUGAUUCGAAUACGAGUAUAUAUAUUUUUUUUCCAACUUGCCCCAUUGGCCAUUGAUGUAUCUAUCUAUUUGUUUAUUUAUUCAACCUGUAAUUUGUACUUACUAUUGCCCACCAUGAAAAUUCAUGGACAAUGCCGGGCAGCUUCUGUUUAGUGAUGAAUUUAACAUGAAUUUGGAGUCCCAAGAUUUUACUAAAUGAAAUUACCCUAAUCUCA